ACUUUUCCUGAAAAUUGGAUAAUUCAUCGGUACCGUAAAUUUCAACCGAAAAAAAUCUAUUUUUCAAUGGAUGCUCAUCUCACUUUACGUAUCUGGCUUUCUUUUUUUUCCUUUCAAUAAUUUUGAGUAACUCCGAAAAUAGCUCCAUAAACCUUUUGUUAUUUGCAUCGAUAUUGUUUAGCAGGGACGAGCUUGUUCUAAAAUUUUCACAUACAUUAUCCCUGUUUAUAGCAGCUGCCUUUUCUCAUUAUCUCGAGAUUACGCGAUAUUAAGAAAAAAAGAUACAUAAUAAUUUACAUCUCUCCACGUACAGUCAAAAACAAAACAUCGUUUUGCUAUGCAAAUAUUUUAAAUUCGCGAAGUGCAUUUUUAACUUUGAUUGUUACCUUUUUUCGAGAAAUAGACAAAUUAUUAAAGAAAGUCAAUCACACAUGCCUAGAAAUCAUAAAAAAGAUUAAUACAAAUUCCGAAUUAUUAUUUUAAUUUUAUUUAAUUUUACAGGUCGAAAUCUAUUGUCUCAAGUCGUUGUGUUGUUUUCUGUUUCAUUGUGCAAGAUUAUAAAAUUCUUGCGAUGCAGCACAACUGCAUCUGCACCGGGAGCCGGGAGCUCGUACUUGUCACUCCGAGAAGAUCCAACGACCAAUCGCUGAAUGGAGCAACACGACGGAAUCAAACUCUCGAGGAUGCAAGUGCAGUUGAGUGCAACUCGUUGCAGCUCAAUCGCACGCGACACCGCAUUAAAAGUAUUAACUGUAAUCUUCAUUUUUUACUUUGCUUUCUGAUCGCUUAAAAUCCAAUUUCCAAUAUACAAUCUCAAUCCUCAAUGCGCAAUCCUAUGGCGCUUCUGCCCGCGGCUGUACGCGGCGGUGCGCACGGUGCGCGUGCGCGGCACGCGCGGCGCGGGACAGCCGACGUUCGAGACAAACGAGCGGCGCGCACACGGUUGACGGGACGCACUGCUCCGCGGAUUUCGUGCUCGAUUGCAAGAGAAAAAUAAAAAAGAAAGAGAUCAUUUCGGAAGCGUGUCCCGCGCCGGAAACGUGCGCGAACGUGUCGGACGUAUAUCGGUUUGAACUUCGCGGUAUAACGUUGCGUGUCUGAGGCCGAGACGGGAAAAACGAAAUUUUCGGAAUAAGGCAAAACGAUAGGAAAACCGAAGCGAUACUCGUGCAUCACCCUCAGUCUCCGACGAUGAUCUCGCGUCGCUUAAUGAUAAUUCAAACCGAAUAAAAAGACUAGGAAUAUCGGAAGAUAAUAUAUAAUAGAGACAGCAAGGACGACCUGCCGACUCGUACUUGUCGGCGACAGCUCGAAGGCCGACAAGAUGAUCGGACCGUCGUCAGGAUCCCCUGGCGAAGUCACUGAGAACCAGUGCUGUGCCUCCUCCAAACGGAAGAUUUUCGAUGACGUUCUAGAUGUCGACGGCUCCAAGCGAAAGAUCUUCAACGAUCUGGACAUCGAGGAAAUGUCCAGCUUCUGUGACGAGGUUCGUCAGACGACGGGUCGCAAGCAGGUGUACUUCCAGGAGACGCUGGAGACACCAAUGGAGCUGGUGACCACAUCGAACGAGAUUAUUGCCGACGCGACGGCCCUCUUCUCACCGAUGCCCGACGCCCAGGAGGUCGUCGAGGAAUCGCAAGUGGCGCAUCUCGAAGUGCUGCUGGUGGAUGGCACCAAUUGCACCUGGACGACCGUAUCGGAGCUGGAACAGCAGCAGAAUAUGGACGUCCUCGUGACUUCGUCUUCCUUGUCGUCGUCAUCAUCGUUGUCCUCCUCUUCCUCGUCCUCUUCCUCGACCUCUUCAUCCGGAUGCGCCAAGCGUCAUUCUGCGGAAAUCUAUACCGUCGAAGAACUUAAUUAUCAACCGGCAACAGCGUCGAUGAAUUAUUGGGAACCUGUCAUCAGCCCUGUAAUCUCGGUGGCUAAUUCGAACGCGCAGCAAAGUAAGGAAACGACAAACGGUAAUCAUCAACAACAUCAACAACAGCAACAGCAAUUUGAGGAUCAGGAGAACGGAAAUUUAUCGUGGCUGCUAGACUUCAAGUUGGAUUCGUUCAUCGAAUCUACGGACGACAAAGCUGCCAUGGGACCCAUCGCGGCAACGAAGAAUAAUUAUUGUGGCAAUAAGAAUAAACCGAACGGAAGGUCGCACGGCUCCAAUUACGCCAACGACGUCAGGAGAGGACACGGCAGUCACGAAAAUUCGUCAUCGACAUAUCGACAGGACGACAGGAAUCAGACAACUUAUCCCGCCAAUGGGAUCGACAACCGGAAUUUCUCGUCCAUGCGAUCCAACGGCCCAAAGAAGCCGCCCUUCACCUACACGGAAUUGAUAGAGCACGCACUGCAGGAAAAAGGCGAGCUCACCGUCUCCGCGAUUUACCAAUGGAUCUCUGAGCGUUUUCCCUACUACAAGAGCAAUGAUGAUCGCUGGAAGAACUCCGUCCGGCACAAUCUCUCAAUAAAUCCGCACUUCAGGAAGGGAUCGAAGGCGCCUCACGGGGCGGGUCAUCUUUGGGCGAUCGCAAAUCGUAACGAAUGUAGACCCCGUCCGUUCACCGUUAACGGCCUAACAAAUGCUACAUCGACACUGCAAGCAGUGCAAAAUGAUUCCGAGGAAUCCCAGAAUAAAAUCAUCAGCGAGAUCAUGGAUGAGGUGGAGGCUGCGACGGCGAGCAUCGCGCAGCCAAAUUCUGAAGAGGAUACAGACAAUGCACUGAAUUCCGUGACGCUCGAGCAUUCCGCCGAGCAAAUACUCAAUGGUAUAAAACGCGAGGUGGAGGUGCAGUACCUGGUUCCGAUGAUGAUUCCGAGCAACGAUUCCGAGACAAUGGGUCAGCAGAGCCAGCAGAUGACACAACAAGCGGAGUUUCAGUGCCCCUACAAGGAGAGCGACUUCCUGAAUCCGGUGUCCAAGGAGAUUGUCGCCGAGGAAUGCGGUCUUGUGAGCGAGGGAUAUCUGGUAACAGAUCUGAAUCCGAACACUUUGGGUUUGAACGUAAUCGAUUCCGAGAUCCUAGAGUCGGAGAAUCUUUUCGGCGAGGAACUCAGCUUCCAGUUUUAUGAAUUGACGUCACCGUCACAGCUGCAAUCUGCCUGACACCCGGAUGGCAACAAAGUACGUUUUAUUGUGAUUGACGAACUUCAGAUACAGAACGCGCGGUCGCAAAAUGACCAGCCAUCGGUCCGCGACGUUGCUGAGGGGAGCGUCUCUGAGCGAGACAACUCACAGAAAAAAUUGCCUAUUGACAGCGACCGCAAUAAUGAGGACAACAGCACGAUGACCAGAAGCUGAUCUCGCUUGAGAAAUUCUCACAAUGACGAUUGUGAAACGUUCGAUCGUUUUAUUUACGACGCGGCUGUUAGAAUAGCUAGAAGCUUAACUGAGUACCAAUUAAUCAAGAUAUGCUUAUUAAGGGAUAACGCCGUCAAGCACGGUAUAAAUAUGAAGAGAUGCCUCUCAGAUGCAAUGUAAUUCGACGAUUUGAUAAUUGUGGUGAUCACCGUGAGAGAUUCCAGCAUCGCUAAAGAGAUAAUUCCGAGAUAAGCAACGUAACUACAUAUCGUCCAACGUGUGCCUGGUUAAGUAUCUUAAGAGGAACGUAAAUUAUCUAUGCAUUAGAAUAAUUUCUUCUAGUCUUUUGCGAAACAGUGUGUAAUGUUUUUGUAUUAGUAAAAAAAAGAUAUUUACUAUUAAAUAUGUGUACAUUGUCCCUGAGAUUUGUACUGUACUCUCUCGGUGGAGAGUAACCGCGAAGUGUGUUAAAAAGUUUCCAUUUACAAAAAGAUACGCUUCUAUAAUAAAGCGGAGAAAGCAUUUGGAUA